AUAAAUAAAAAGAUUAAAAAGAGUCGAACCUGAGAGAGGAAGGGAGAUAUUAAAACGCGGCGUCGCACGAGGUAGCAUAGCAGUAGCAGAAGAGUGGGAGGAAGAGAGUAGAAGACAUACGGGACAAGCUUCUCUGGUGGUGCGGUAGGUUUGGGCGUUCAGGAAUCUCACUAUUCAAACAACAAACAAACAAGGCACUGAGAAAAUCACAGCGAAGCCUCAAUUGUAUCCCAUGGACGCGGAUAUGGAAGAUUAUGGGUUCGAAUACUCCGAUGAGGAGCCUGAGGAACAAGACGUUGAUAUUGAGAACCAAUAUUACAACUCCAAAGGUUUGGUUGAGACGGAUCCAGAAGAAGCUCUUGCAGGAUUUGCUGAAGUUGUUCGAAUGGAACCUGAAAAGGCCGAGUGGGGCUUUAAAGCUCUAAAGCAAACUGUCAAGCUCUAUUACCGUUUGGGAAGGUACAAAGAAAUGAUGGAUUCAUACAGGGUGAUGUUGACAUACAUUAAAUCAGCAGUGACUCGAAAUUACAGUGAGAAAUGUAUAAACAAUAUUAUGGACUUUGUAUCUGGUUCAGCUAGCCAGAACUUCAGCCUUCUUCGAGAAUUUUACCAGACUACUCUGAAGGCACUUGAAGAUGCAAAGAAUGAGAGACUUUGGUUCAAGACAAAUCUUAAGCUUUGCAAGAUCUGGUUUGAUAUGGGAGAAUAUGGGCGAAUGAGUAAGAUUUUGAAGGAGCUUCAUAAAUCUUGCCAAAAGGAAGAUGGUUCAGAUGAUCAAAAGAAAGGAAGUCAACUUUUGGAGGUAUAUGCAAUUGAGAUUCAAAUGUACACUGAGACGAAGAAUAACAAAAAGCUGAAGCAAUUGUAUCAGAAAGCUCUUGCGAUAAAGUCAGCAAUACCCCAUCCAAGAAUUAUGGGAAUAAUUCGUGAGUGUGGAGGUAAGAUGCAUAUGGCAGAUGGUCAGUGGGCAGAUGCUGCCACAGAUUUCUUUGAAGCGUUCAAGAAUUAUGAUGAAGCUGGGAACCAGAGGCGUAUUCAAUGCCUGAAAUAUCUAGUUCUAGCUAACAUGCUGAUGGAAUCUGAGGUUAAUCCAUUUGAUGGUCAAGAAGCAAAGCCGUAUAAAAAUGAUCCUGAGAUUCUAGCAAUGACAAAUCUGAUAGCAGCAUAUCAAAGAAAUGAGAUUUUGGAAUUUGAGAAAAUACUAAAGAGUAAUAGGAGGACGAUAAUGGAUGAUCCAUUCAUUCGAAAUUACAUUGAAGAUCUUUUGAAGAAUGUACGCACCCAGGUGCUGCUUAAGCUUAUUAAGCCUUACACAAGAAUUCGCAUUCCUUUUAUUUCAAAGGAACUCAACGUGCCAGAAAAGGACGUGGAGCAGCUAUUGGUUUCACUAAUUUUGGAUAACCGAAUUGACGGACAUAUAGAUCAAGUCAACCGGCUAUUAGAACGUGGAGACAGAUCAAAGGGCAUGAAGAAGUAUGCUGCUAUAGAUAAAUGGAACACUCAGCUGAAAUCCCUUUAUCAAACCAUCGGUAACAGAGUAUAUUGAGAACGAUUACAAAAUGAAAUUGUGUUUAUUUGUUCCAUGCGGUGGUGACUGGUUUGAACUUUGCCUGAUUUGAAGUCACAAUGUUGAAUGAGCUGUGUAGUAUUGAAAUUCCAUAAUUUUGACCCUUGAUAGCUAUAGCUAUAGAUAUGAAUGUUUUGAUAUGACAAAAGGUACUUUCACCAUUGCAUAAAAAACAAAAGCCAUCCCAAUCGCAAAUUCAUGUUAGGUCAUCUGUAAAUUAUGGUAUAGUUACUAUCAUUUGUUGAUAGUGUAAUUGCCAUAGUUUUUUUGUUUAUAUAAUCAUUGGUCCACAUUUAAGGGUUUUGCCCCCUAA